GAAUUUUGGUCCAAUAUCUUUGUAGAUAUUAGUGUGGUGCUUAAAACUGAAUAUUAACCUUAACAUACAUAUAUUAUAAAAUCGACUUGGACUAUACUUUCCGUUUAAAAAUAUCGAUGUGGUAGUAACAAAAAAAGGAUGCAUAAAAUGCAUCAUAGGGGGGUUCUUUUUUCGUAAUAUCGGAUGGUAUCGUUUUUGUGGCAUUGCAGCCACCCCCUCCUCGAGUCUACUGGGGUUGUCGGGCGCUAGUGCGCAUGUCAGGGAUGCGAGAUGCUGUCGAGGGCCCGAGAUGACAACAAUUUCAGCAACGGACUCAGAAUCGCCAGCCAGUAAUCCCUACCAGCUUUUCAGUGUGUUUCUGAAGCAGUUUGCGUGCGGCGGUGUUUUUGUGCAGUGUUGAGUGGCUAAGAGUGCUGGCUUGUUUAAGGGCUUACAAACAAUUUUCGACCCGACCGGACCCGAAAGAAGUGCAUAAAAGUCUUUUAAAAACUUGAAAGUAAUUGCAGAGGGAUUCCGUAGCAUCGAAACUAUAUUUGCAUUACACAUUGGGGGCGUGGCAGGUCGACGACAGACAAUGAACUUGACAACGCAGCAUGGACAAUAACUUAAGAUUGGAUUGAAAUAGGAUGCCAGUGGAGAGGCAACGAGAUCAGGAGCAGCAUGAGUUCGCCUCUUUGGAGCGAUGCCAGUUCCGGAAUCGCAGCGGCCGUAGAAUCCACAUAACUCAGAAUCAACUCCGAUACGUUUCGAUAAGUGGUCAAUAAUCGCCGGAAAUGGGCAGUCUGCCGAAUCUUCACGAACUGGAGGAGGUGGAGCGGAAGCGGGAGAAGCGGAGGGAGUAUGAACUUUUGCUGGAGCAGCGGGCUCGAGACACUAGUCGCGAGCGGGAGCGACUCUCCGCUUUCGCCCAGCAGCGUAAGCAAUCCUCCUAUAAUGCCUAUAUAAUGGCUGGUCUGGGGAUUGGUGGAGGUUCUUUGAGCCUCAAUGCCGCCGGAGGAACAUCCACCGGAAACGGAGAGCUACCGAGUGGCAAUGGAACGAAUGCUGGAAAAUCGCAGAACCAAACGCAUGGCACCGGAUCCGGAUCUGCGGUUCCGGUGGCCACCAGUGGCUUUGCUAUACUAGGCAUGGGCAAAAAGUAUGCUCCACACUCCCACCACCAUCAGCAUCAGCAUCAGCACCACCAGCACCAUCAGCAUCGCCAUUCGCUGACCACCAGGCACCGAGUGCUCAGGACCCGUAGUUCAGGAGGAGCCCAAAACGUCUGGGACGAGCAGAUGAUGGAGCAGCACUUGACCACAUAUUCACCGUCGCCCAUUUCGACUCGUUCACAUCGAAUAAACCCAGUAUCCUCGUACCAAGUGCAGGCUGCCUUGGCGGCUUCGCGUCGUCGAGAGUCCAUAAACAGCUCAAUUGGAGCUACCUCCAUUCGGCGAUUGAUAACGUUGAACAAUCGUAAUUGCCGGCACAAGGUGCCUGCCCUUGUGCGCCAAAAAGUGUGGCGCCAGUUUAGCUGUUUAAGUUUGGCUCAUGGAUUGAUGAACUGCGUUCUGUUGCCGGUGAUGGCCCUCCAAGGCUCCAAUGCGGUGUGGCACCAUCGGGAGCAGUGGUUGCCACUUGGUCCGGAGAUAGGAUCCCUCCUAUUGAGUGCUCUUUUCCUGGUUGCCGCUGGAAUGAGCAUUCCCAGUGUUCGACUGAUGAAACGAUAUGGUUAUGGGCCCCUUUUGGCAGUAAACUACUUAGCAGUGGUUUUAUUCCUCCUAUCGCAUCUGUACGCCUCCAUUUAUACUCUUUUACCCGCCUAUUUGCUACUUGGCGUGACCCUGAGCGGAUCUGCUAGCUCUAAGGCAGCCUUGAUUGUCCAUUUUGGAGGGAAGUUAAGCUGCUCCUGCGAGUCUCAGCAAUCCCAGGCGGCGGUAGAUGUUUUGCACGAGGAGCACAAGAUGUUCUGCAACCGGGAUCAGAAGGUGAGACGUCUAGCCAGGUGGUUUAGAGUUUCCCAGGAUAUCGGACUCAUCGGAGGAGCCCUUCUAGCCUCCGUUCUGUUAGCCUGCAGCGAUGGAGAUUUUACGGGAGAUUGCUCAGGACUGGUUUACUAUGGCAAUGAGAGCUGGCCACCGCAACUGAGAGAUUUCUACAAUAGAAACGAGCACGGCGACAGGAUAUGUGGGGUAGACAUGUGUCCUUUGAGAGUGCAAUCGCUUCUAGCAGCGGGUUGGGCCAAUGGAAGCUCCAUACCCAGUUCCAUUUAUGCUGGUUUCAUCGAAAGCGAGCCUCGAGUGGCUGGGCAAUCCCUGCUAUGGCUUUAUAUCUUAUUCUCAAUGAUAUCCUUGAUCCUAUCCCUGGUGAUAAUGGUGGACAAGAUACAAUCAACUGGCUCUUCGCGAAUGGAGCGUUUUAGGGAUGUUAGCAUCACGGAUACUCUGCUUUUUGCCGGUCCUUUGGCUUAUUUUGUGGGCACGGAACAGGCGUAUAUGUUGGGCGACUUCCUGAGAGCUUUUGUUACCUGCUCUUUGGGGAUUGGGAUGAUUGCAGGCGCCUUGAUUGGCAUGGGCCUCAUGCAGCUCAUUGUUUCCUGCACUUUAAGCAUGCUGCUAAGACACGUCAAGAGGAUCGUCGUAAUCUUGGCUGGUUUCUUCUUUCACUCCUGCCUACUGCUGGCUCUGUCCAGUUGGAAGCCCUCAAGCGACGAUAGUGCCCUUUUCUACGUGAUUGCCGCCUCGUGGGGCGCCUGCAACGGUAUGUGGGAGACCCUCUUGCUUUCGCUCGUCACACUCAAUCAUGCCAAUCAUGUCACGGAGGUUCAGGCGCCGCUGCAGGCGCUUCGAUUCUUGGGACUAGGAUUAACCUUCGCCGGACACGGUUUCCUCUGUGAAUCGAUGAAGAUAAUUGCCUUGGUAGUUCUGCUGGUUAUCAGUGUGCCGCCAUAUGCCACCCUAGAAAUCCGAUUGGAGGCUCAACGCAAGGCAACGCUCGUCAGCUUAUGACGCAGCAUCUUCAGCUAGUCCCGACGAUUGCGAAGGGAUGUCGUGGCCCGGACGCACACCAUGUGACAUGUUCCGGAUAUGGAUACGGACACGGAACCGGAUCCGCGGCCAGAUCUCCUGCAAUCGCAACCCGUCAGUAUUGAACGUGAGACACAAGUCAAGCGACGCAAGCUAAACUUUAAGUUUUGCGGCCAGAAGUUGAAGGAUAUGGAUAGGGAUACUGUUUAGGUAUAGGUUUAGGCAUCCGUAAACUCCAACUGAUAUUUUUCAGUUAUUUUUAUUUUUCAAUUCCAUGGAUUAUGUUUCCCUAUACCGUAUACACUGAAAUCCGCUGGCUUAGAGGAUAAGACUAGUUAAUAAGAUUGAUCUAUACUCCAUGUAUGAGGGUUUCCUUCGAUAUGGGUGCAUUCUCAAUUCGUAGCAUUUGCCAGUGCCAGUAAUGUUGUUCCAUGUCUAUAACUUAUCUAUUAAAUAGAGCAAAGGAAAGAGAUCAAGAGAAAGAGAGGAGAAGAGCUUUAUGAGCCACAAUAAUAAUGUAGCAUGUAGAACGUUAUCUAUGUACGAGUAUAUCCGAUCUGAGAUGAUACGAUAUCAAUUGCUGUAUCUACAUAUGUAUUUUGCCACAAGGCCUUGGUCGAUAUGCUGCCCAAAACGGUUUUUGUGCCACCAAUGUGUAUUUCCUAAAGUAAACUCCUAGGCGUAGGUCUAUUCAAUUCGAACUCCAAUUUGCAAUUCCCCAAACAGAACCGAUCCGGUCCAGAAUUAAUAUAUGUUAUGUAUGUAUUUUAUCGGUGUUAUGUGCGUUAUGUAGGUUUCGAGACCCUCCACAUUCAUGUUACCCUAGGUGUACCAAUUAGGUAUACUGUAUAAGGUAUACCUAUUCCGGAUUCAGAUAAUGCUAGCUGAAAACUGUUAUGAUAACAAGGUGAAAUCCUAAGGUCUAAGGUCUAAAAACAACAAUGUUAACAUUUUGAGAAUUUUGAGAAUAACAAUUUUGCGACCGUUGACGAUUUCAUACAUCGGGCUAAGUAUUACGAGUAUGUUGCUAGCCAUAUACUACAUAUAUAUACACAUAGACAUACUGUAUAUUUUUUUCUUAGUGGCGGUUCCAUCUCAAUAUUGAAUAAAGCAAAUCGCAAACGAGUUAAGCCCGUGAGCCAAGUAAAACGAUGAGAUCGAGUUCUACGUGUAUUGGAUGUGUAUUGUAUAUUGUAGGUGUCCAUCAUCAGAUCCAAUAAAGAUUCCACAAAAAGUGUA